AUGAACGGGCUGCCGUUGGUCCACGCGCUCUGCCUGAUGCCUGUUGCAGCCAACGCUUCUUCACCUCCCGGCGCUUCCAUCCCCAACACGGUCCAACGACAUCCUCUGCUGCUGCAGCUCGAAGAGCGAAUCAAUGCUCUCACUCCUCUACAUCAAAGCUACGCCGCAUUGCGCAAAAAGAGGGUCACAUUGUCAGAGUCGGAGGCGGCGCUGGCGGACGGAUGCCACGCUCUGUUCAUGGGCAACGGGGAGGGCUCUGCCACUGGACUGCACAACCUCUUCGCCUCCGCCCAAAAACCUGUCCCCAAUCUGCUCGCUCACAUGGACAGCUACUCCCACAAAUUCGGCUCAUACGAGGAGUCCGCUGGCUGGUUCCAGCGUAUGAGCUACGACGACUUCUUGGUCAUGAUGAGGAACAACCACAAUCGCGUGGUUGGCCUGGAUGACGAGGAAGUCGCCGCGUGGGAGCAGCGCUUCAUAGAAUUCGACGCCACUCUUGGCAGGGCUCGGGCAUGCCUCGUCUGUCGGGGAUGGGAGAUAUCUUCUGGCCGGGAGCGAGGGCAGAAGACGUCUUUCUCUUUGCUGCAAGGAUGUUGCCCAAGGUGGACGCGAAGACUGGUUCGCAAAGAUUGCCUGGAGAUGGACCUGAUGCUCGAGUUUGACGCAGAUGUCUGGAGAGAGGGGUGCAACGCCACGAUACAGGCCAAGGAGACAAAUUGGGCGCUGCGAAGCUUGAGGGCUCACGUCUUUGCUGCCUGCAUCGACGGCAUUAGGGAUGCCGUGGGAUCGUGGCUGCGAAGCCUGGCAGCGCAGGAGUUGAUCGAAGUCGUCGAGGUGGAGAGAGAGGCCGUCGUCCCCAGGAACCACGCCCUGCGUCCAGAGACGUUGCGAUAUCUUGCGCAUGAAGACAGGUAUUUGAGGGCAGGCGGCGAAGACUGGGUCAGUGAGGACGAAGACAAGCUGGGAAAAAUCAAGGGACAGGACGACAACCGUGACUCAUGUGCAGAGAGAGCGGCAAACAGAACAGGAAGGAUGGCGAGCGAUGUGAGGAGCAGCUCUGAGAAGCGGAACAUAUGGCGAUGA